AUGGUCAUUUUCCUGGAAAAGGACUCGGAGAUUGUGUGUAAGAUUCCCUACAGCAGCCAAGAUUUUCACAUGGCAAGGUUUAUUCUUUUUUGCCUUGUAGUAGCUGAGCUAUCCAUUUUUAUGGGAAAGACUAAUGGCUCCAGAGGUCUAGAUCCCGAGCCACAAAUGGCUGCCCUUGGUGCUGACCAGAAAAUGUUUACAUUAGUCGAGGUACCAGUUCCAAGUCCAGCUCCAUCUGAAGGCGGGGUGAGCACAGGAAUAAACGAAACUUCCUAUACAAGACUGGUCACGAGGCAUCAUUCAUCCGAUAAGUCCAUGGCUGGUGGAGAUGUCAUCCUCGGAGGAUUUGCAACUGCUGUGGUGGCUUCCAUUGUCUGCUACAUUCGCGUUACAAGAAGAAACCAACAUGUCAAUGCUGAGACUUUAGAUAUCUAA